AUGCGUGUUGGUUGUCGGAAUUCUCCACACUACCAACAUAUUUAUUGUAAAGAACAUAAAGAAGCGAAAGAAGAAAUAGAAAAUCAAUUAGCUGAACCAUUUGACUCGAAUGAAUCAUUUUAUGAACGACCUAAACAAUUGAAAAAUGGAAAAAAAAUUUAUUACGAUGCAUUAUCAUGUAAAACAACAAAAGACAAGCCAGGUGCUUCUAUACCAACAAAAUUUUGUACAUUGGAUCGUUUUCAUUAUCGUAAUCAUCGAGACCCAUGGUGCACAACAUUUUUGAAUCCUGAUCGUAAUGAAAAUCUUGCCGGUAUAAAUACAGCAGCAGCUGAACAGACAUUUGCAUGGUUGAAUAAGUUUAGCAAAUCAUUUUCACGUAUGAGUUCUAAACGUUUUCAACUUACUUUGCAUUUAUUAUUUCAUUAUUGGAAUUGUUGUCACAUUGGUUUAAAUGCAUAUCAUAAAGAUGUUGCACGUCCUUUUCUUCCAAUACCUGCAGAUGUGCCAAUAGUCUCAAUUGUUGAAAAUGAAUUUUCUCGACGUGAGCAAUCAAAUACAGACAAUCAAUUGAAUGAUGAUUUCUUCCAAAUCAAUAAUAAAGAUACAAGCGAAGAACAAUUAGAGCAGUCAUACAAACAAGAUGACGAAGAAUCAAGUAUUUCUGCUUCAGUUUUUGUGUCACAAAGAGGUAUUGAAAUGAGAGACAUAGAAUUAGAAGUACUCUAUCUUUCUUCUUUACCAGCAGCCAACGAUUACGAUGAAUCAACAACGUUCACUGGUCUUAAAUCACUUCCUAACGAUGCAUCUAAUUAUUUAUCAACAGCUGAAUUAUCUUUAUGGGAUAAAUUUCAAAAUAUAACGUGUAUUAAUGAAUUUGAAAACCAACUCGAAAGCGAAGACGAACAGGACGACAAUUACAAUAGCCGACGUUCAACACGCAUCUUCAAUGGACUAAUAUUCAAUUAA